AUGAAUAUGGCGGGGGUGGUAACCCCCCUGCGUUUCGAAGGGCUGAGACAGCCUCAUGUCAAAAAGAUGUCGGGAAAUAUAAGAAAGAGCGAAGUAAGAGAAGUGGCGACGGCUACCACCCAUCGAGAUAUAGAACCGGAUGAUCCGAAUCUCUUAGAGGAGCACGACAACUUUUAUCAAACUACCAAGAGCCUGCUGGUCCUGUUUCAGAUCAUGGGGGUGAUGCCUAUCGAACGACUGAAGGGCAACACCAUUUUUAGGUGGCGUUCGCCGACGACUAUCUGGGCGUAUUGCAUAUACUCGAUCGAAACGAUUUUCGUUAGUAUCGUUUUCAAAGAACGUUUGAUCCUCAUUCUUCAACCUGGUAAAAGGUUCGACGAAUAUAUUUACGGGGUAAUAUUUCUGAGUAUCUUGAUUCCUCAUUUCCUGUUGCCGGUAGGUGCUUGGACCAAUGGACACGAAGUAGCCAAGUUCAAGAACAUGUGGACACGCUUUCAGCUCAAAUAUUACCGUGUCACUGGAACGCGAGUGGUAUUUAAAAACCUCACCCUGAUCACUUAUUCUUUGUGCAUCUUCUCCUGGGUAGUAGCGGUAAUAGUGAUGCUGGCGCAAUACUACCUCCAACCGGACAUGCUGUUGUGGCACACCUUUGGCUACUAUCACAUACUGGCCAUGCUUAACUGCCUGUGCUCGUUGUGGUUUAUAAACUGCACUGCCAAAGGGAGGGCGGCUGGGUGGCUAGCCGAGAACCUCCACAAUGCUUUGCAAUCUAGAGAUUCGGCCAACAGGCUGGCUGAAUAUAGAGAUCUCUGGGUUGAUCUAUCCCAUAUGAUGCAACAACUGGGCAAAGCUUACAGUGGCAUGUACGCGCUGUACUGUUUGUUGGUACUACUCACGACCAUCGUGGCAACGUAUGGGACGGUGACCGAGGUUCUCGAUCACGGUCUCUCGUUUAAGGAGGGCGGUCUGUUCCUCAUCGCGUUUUACUGCAUCACGUUGCUAUUCAUCAUCUGCAACGAGGCUCAUUCGGCGUCCAAAAAGAUGGGCCUCGAAUUCAGAGAACGUCUUCUGCGAGUAAAUCUGUCUGCUAUAGACUCCAAAACUGUGCAGGAGAUUCACAUGUUUUUGACGGCCAUUGAAAAAAAUCCUCCGAUCAUGAACCUGAACGGAUAUGCGAAUAUUAAUAGGAAACUAAUUAGUUCGACAGUGACGUCGGCAGCCACUUACCUAGUGAUGCUGAUGCAGUUCCGUCUGACGCUGAUGAGAAAUGCCGCGAUAGCAGCUAGAAAAGCUACUGCAGCCGUCGCGCUGACGUCAAUGAAUGCUACUAAUUCUACCACCGCAUAAAAUGGACUUUUUUUACCUCCAAUAUCAUCAAAUUGCUAGCAACAAUUACUUCUUUAUGCAGAUAAGCACAUUAUAUCCGCAA